GUUCACAGGAUUGGUGAGGUCUGGGAUCGAUUAGGGAUGUCUGAGUGAGAGCACGGCUCAGUCAGGUGGAAAAAUGAUAAUAGAAAACAACCUGAUGACAUCACACACCCCUCCCUCUCUGUAAAGAUGACCCCGCCCACCCAGCAGGUCACGUGACCUCCUUCCUGUCGGGGGUCUUAAAUGCCGAAGUGCGGCUUCGGAGAGGGAACAGCUGGAAUCCCAGACAGAGUUUUCUGUCAGAGCAGCCAAGGAUUGUGGAAGUUACAGUACAGAUUCUUCUUUUUGACAUCAAGGAUGUUCAGUUGGGUUCUGCUCUGCUGUUGGUCCUUCAGUCUGCUGCAACUCUCCUCCUCACUCGUUCAUGGAAACAUUCAGCUGGACGAAGGUCCAGGCGCCAGGCGCCGCAUCGACACGCCCUACCUGUCUGACAUUGAAAGAAGCCACGUCCCUGUCCCUGUUGAUGAAUCUGCCCUGUUAUCCUUAGACCCAGUGGAGGACCCCCUCCUGAUGGACUCAGGGUCCUAUGAUGAGGACUCUUCAGCUAUCCUGCAGCUUCAGGGUCGCACCAUGCGCUCUCCUCGCCGCUGCAUCCCACACAAGCAGUCCUGCCUUGGGUAUCCUUUGCCCUGCUGUGACCCCUGUGACACCUGCUACUGCCGCUUCUUCAACGCUAUUUGCUACUGCCGCCAAGUUGGACACACCUGCCCUUCCAGACGCACCUGACGAUUCAUCUAGCAACAAUAAAACAAAACAAUGGCAUGUUCUUAGUGCUCUGUGUUCAACAUGUUUUGUGAAAUAAAGAUCUGUUAAAAUUGACUGAUUUCACUUGCAUACAAAGUGUGCUUUUAGAGAACAAAUCAGAAUGGCUGAAUGACAUCAGUUGGGCUAUCAAUCAGGCUAAUAGCCUGCUAACAGCCAGGCUAAUUGUCAGGCUAUCAGUCAGGCUAACAGCCAAGCUAAUAGUCAGACUAAUAAUCAGGCCAACAGCCUUGUUAACAAUCGGGCUAACAGCUAAGCUAAAAGUCAUACUAACAGCCAUGCUA